UGCUGUCCCGCUUGGUAUAUUCGGCUUCCGAAAGCAAUCGUGCACCAUUGCACUCUCUCGCCUUGCCUGGGUUUCUGCCUAAUGUUGUGAUUGUAGCGGGAGCUCACUCUCAAUUGAACCCCAAGAAUGUCGCUGUCAGCAUCGUCGAGGGAGAUGCUGCUCCUCUCCCGGCAAUUGGGUCGCCAAUGCGCCCGCCCGCGGUCACUGCGGCCCCGCAACCGCAACCCGGUCCUCCCCGGCGCCGCGACAACAAGACGAACGGUUGCAACCUUCAACGCGCCGCACCACGCAGGCGCCAUAUCCGUCAUCAAGAGCAACAUCGACACGAGCUCUGAUGAAUACAAGGAAAACGAGCGGCUCAUGGGCGAGGCCAUGGCCCGGUUGGACGAGUUGACCAAGAAGGUGCAGCAGGGCGGGCCGGCAAAGGCGAGGGAGAAGCACUUGGCGCGCAAGAAGAUGCUCCCCAGGGACCGCAUCACGGCGCUCAUUGACCCCGGGACCACAUUCCUCGAGCUGUCGCCGCUGGCCGGUCACGAGCUGUAUCCCGAGGCCGAGGUACCGGCGGGCGGUGUCAUCACCGGCGUUGGUGUGGUCGAGGGCGUCACCUGCAUGAUUGUCGCCAACGACAGCACCGUCAAGGGCGGGACGUACUAUCCCAUCACUGUCAAGAAACAUCUCCGGGCGCAGGCCGUCGCCCAGGAGAACAGGCUACCCUGCAUCUACCUCGUCGACUCGGGCGGCGCCAACUUACCCCACCAGGCUGACGUCUUUCCCGACCGCGAGCAUUUCGGGCGCAUCUUCUACAACCAAGCGCGCAUGUCGGCCGCAGGGAUACCGCAAAUCGCGGUAGUCAUGGGACCCUGUACGGCUGGCGGCGCCUACGUUCCGGCAAUGAGCGACGAAAGCAUCAUUGUGCAAGACCAGGGACACAUCUUCCUUGCCGGACCACCACUUGUCAAGGCAGCAACUGGCGAAGUCGUCAGCCCGGAGGAGCUUGGUGGCGGCAAGAUGCACUCGUCCGUCUCGGGCGUGACGGACUACCUCGCCGUGGACGAUGCACACGCCAUCGUGCUCGCACGCCGGUCCAUCAGCAACCUCAACUGGCCCACCAAGUCCGCCUCGAUGCCGACUCCCAGCUUCUCCGAGCCGCUCUACGACCCCUCCGAGCUCCUCGGCAUUGCCUCCACCAACCUGCGCAAGCCGAUACCCAUCCACGAGGUCAUCGCGCGCAUCGUCGACGGCUCGGCUUUUGCCGAAUUCAAGCGCGACUACGGCACGACGCUCGUGACGGGCUUCGCCAGCAUCUAUGGCCACCGUGUGGGCAUCGUGGCCAACAACGGCAUCCUCUUCAGCAGCUCCUCCCUCAAGGGCGCGCACUUUAUCGAGCUGUGCGCCCAGCGCGGCAUCCCGCUCGUUUUCCUGCAGAACAUCAGCGGCUUCAUGGUCGGCCGGGACGCCGAGCGCGAUGGCAUCGCCAAGAACGGCGCCAAGCUGGUCACGGCCGUGGCGUGCGCUGACGUGCCCAAGUUCACCGUUGUCGUGGGCGGCAGCUACGGCGCCGGCAACUACGGCAUGUGCGGCCGUGCCUACUCGCCCCGCUUCCUCUGGAUGUGGCCCAAUGCGAGGAUCGGUGUCAUGGGAGGCGAGCAGCUUGCCAGCGUCAUGGAGACGGUCGGGCAGAAGGUCGACACUGGGCUGAAGGAGCGGAUUGAACGGGAGAGCGAUUGCGUCUUUUCGUCGGCGCGGCUGUGGGACGAUGGAAUCAUCCCGCCGCAGCAUACGCGGCAAUACCUGGGUCUCGGUUUGAAUGCAGCAAUGGGCGGCCGAAAUGUUGUUAACCCUGGGCAAACCAAGUUUGGCGUUUUCAGGAUGUAACCUUGGCACGAGCGUCAACAUCGAUUCUGUAACAAUGUGCCUAUCUCAGACAUGCUAGGGUAGAUAUAGAGCACCGGGAGGCAUAAUCGAUUUUGGCAUCUUGACAGGUUAGCAGAUACAUACAUACAAUUUUGCAUGUAUCGAUCCCAGCUCUAGAUGCACUUCCAUGCAAGGCAGCGCAAA